AUGCACGACCGCGACGCGCCGAUGAAAGCGCCGCCGCCUCCCGCGCGCAACCCCGCGUACCUCCUCUCGAACUCGAACGCGCGUCCUUCGGUCGGCGGCGCGUCGAGCGCGGGCUCGAAGAGCCAGCAAGGGCGGAGCGUCGCCGCGACGACGUCUCCGGGCGUGCCGGGGCUCGGCCCGGACGACUGGCCGUGUCCCGUCCCCGUGCCGGGGGUGCCCGUCGAUCGAAGCGCGCUGGGCGUGGAGAAGCGCAACGCGAUGAACCGCGCGAACGAGCUCAUGCGCUUGGAUCCGAACGAUCCGAAGUCGCUCGCCGCGCUGAGCAUGAGCGACGUCGACUGCGCGGUGCAGUUCAAGCUGCCUUACGACACCGCGAUGGGGGAAGAACUCUUCAUCGUCGGAUCGCACGACAGGCUCGGCGCGUGGAACCAGAGUCGCAUGCUGAAGAUGCACUGGGGCGACGGCGGGAUCUGGUACGCGGACGUGGAGCUGCCCGCGGGCGGGGUGUUCUUCUAUAAGUACGUGUUGCGGGAUGAGAACGGGAAGUUCACGUGGCAGGACGGCGCGAACAAUCUGCUGGUGCUGCCCGAGGAGUGGGACAUCCCGAAAGAUUCGCGCUUCGUCGUGGACGACAAGUUCGGCGGGACGACGAGGUCCUCGCAGAACAUGCUCGCGACCAAGCUCAUCUCGUGCGAGAAAGAGAUCGUGAACCUGAAGCUCGAGACGAUCAAGGCGAAGGAGAUGACGAAAGCGUCGCUUCAGGAGCUCAUGAUCACGAGGGAGGAGCUCGAGAGCGCGAACGAGAAGCUCACGAUGUACGAGCGGAACGUGCAGACGGUGAUCACGUCCAUGCGUCAGGGGCAGGCCAAGGAGCUCAACAGCAACAAGCACAACGACGACUGA